AUGACCUCGUACGACCGCCACGCCUCGCACGACUCGCCAUAUCGGACGGGGCGUCACAUCCCCAUUCCUCAGAGCCGCCAUGCCGCCCUCACCUCCAUCACGGCGAGCGGCGCCGAGUCCCGCACCGACCUGCACUCGCCCUACCAGCACGACGAGCUCGCGACGAGCAAUGGCUUCAUCGGCUCGCCCAAGGGCCCCAUGUCUCCCAGCUCUCCCUACUCACCUGGAAUGCGCGGGUCGCUGAGCCGCCAAGCGACCAUGGACUCGGACACUUUCGACAAGGGCGCCAAUGGCCAGAUUCCCAUGCAGGACUUCAACGAGGGCCUGCCCCCGCCACCGCCUGUUGGCCAUUCGUGGAGGCGUAUUGACCGCUGGGUCGAAGACCACUACCAAGAGCUCUUCGACAACAUGUGCGAGGGCUGCACAUCAAACGACGUCAACGAAUUGGAGCACGAGCUCGAUGCGACGCUUCCCAUGGACAUUCGCGAGUCACUACAGGUCCACGACGGCCAAGAGCGCGGCGGUCUCCCAACUGGUGUCAUCUUUGGUCUCAUGUUGCUUGAUUGCGAGGAAAUCGUCAUGGAGUGGAAGAAUUGGCGAAAGGUCGCUGAAGAAUACCUCACCACAAAGGUCGAUUACCGAACACCGCAGAUUCCAGUCAAGGCUUUCGCCGGCUCUUCUACAGCUGCCCCCGUAGCCACAGUUCAGAGCACAGGCAACCCUCUCUGGCGACAAGACCUCCUCGCGCGCCAGGACUCACAGCCCCCGAAUGCGGUACAAAAGGCCUAUGCUCAUCCCGCAUGGAUCCCUCUAGCCCGAGACUGGGGAGGCAACUACCUUGCUGUCGAUCUUGCUCCGGGCCCUAACGGCACAUGGGGCCAGAUCAUCAUCUUCGGCCGCGAUUAUGACUGCAAAUACGUUGUCGCACGCUCAUGGGGUGCACUGCUAGCCAUGGUUGCGGAUGACUUUGCUUCGAAUGACGUACACAUGGACGAGGAGACGGGCGAGCUGAAGCUGUUGGCUUUCAAGCGCCAGAACGUAGAGCCGCCUUACCUAGAAGUCCUCCGCUGGCGGUGUGACCAGAAGCACGGCCGCCGGCAACCCAAGAGGCGCCCAAACAGUGGUCUGCGCGUCAACCCCAACGCACCGGGUAUGGUCGUCCCCAGUAGCACUGCGAGCAGCCCCUACCACAGCCCUGUAAUGGGACCAGAAGACCGCGGUCGAAGCCCCCACCGCCUAUCCAAACCACCGAAAGGCGUCAGCCCGCGAGGCAAGCUUUCAAGUCCGCUAGCACGAGUCGCUGAGGAGAACCCAGCACCAAUCCGCGUGCACACCAAUCUUGACGCCAAAACUGCCGCACCCUCGGAGAACUUGAUCUCCAUGGACACACCCAGACCCAGCGACGAGCUCCCUACUCCCCGACUACCCACACCCCGCGAUAGCCUCGGCAGCGACAAGGAGAACAACAAGGAAAACAAGGACACCAAGCCCGCACCCUCAUCGCUGAAGAGCCCCGUCCUUGCAUCUGAAUCGGAAGACCUCAAGACCGUCGAGAUAUAG